CGCCAGGACACAAGCAUAACAGCACAAAGUUAACAGUUUCAAACUAUCUUUUAAUGUUUGGUAACACAGGGAGCAGUCAUGGGAUCUGAUGCGCAAAAGGAGAGACUUCGCGAGCUCUUCCACGCGUGCGAUGUGGAUCACUCGGGACGAAUCGAGAAAUGGGAGUUCGUAAAAAUAUGUUCCGAGUUGCACGUCCGAACCACCGAGAUAGAUGGGAUUUUCUCCAGACUUGACACUGACAAGGACGGCACGAUCACUCUGGAGGAAUUUAUGGACGGAUUUCAGGAGACACACCUGUUGAACGACGCGGGCAUGAGCAGCGACAACGCCGGGGAAAGUUUUUCUGUUGCCUGGGAGGACUUUAAAUCCCGCCUGGGUGAUCAGGUGAAAUUCAUCCCCAGGAUUGACCAGGUAUCAACUCUGUACCAGAACAUUGGUCUGACGGAGCCCAGAAUGGUGCCUCAGUAUGAAAGAGUUCUUCUCAGUUUCAUCAAAGAGAUUCGAAUACUGAACACAGAGAUGGAACAUCUAGCACUUGCUGUGAAGAGAGCUCAGGAUCAGGCUUCUAUACAGUUGAGUGAGAUGGAAGAAGAGAUGGAUCAACGCAUCCACACCACAGAGAGAAACACGCGUCUACAGGAGUCUAAAAAAGCUGACGCAGCUCUGAGCAGCAUGAAACAUCAGUAUGAGUCUCAGAUCUGUGAACUUCAGCAGAAGAUACAGACCCUGCAGAUGAUUGAGGACCAAAAUAAGAGCACCAGCCUCAAAGAGGAAACCUCAGCACUGAAACGAAAGAACACUGACCUGACGCUGCAAAACCAAAAGUUGAAGCAGGAGCUGUUGGAGUCCCACACAAAUGUUGCAUUCCUGCAGAGUGAACUGGACUCUCUCAAGAGCGAUCUCACAGACCAAAGCAUCAACUUUGAACGAGAUGAAGCUCUGAUGAAAUGUUUCUCUGAAGAGAGAGAGAACUUGGAGAGACAGAUCGAGAUGCUUCAGGCAGCAAACAGAAAGCUCCAUGACAGUAAUGAUGGUCUACGUGCAACGCUGGAAAGCAGUCAGAGUAAAAGACAGACUCCGCGUGUUACUGGGCUCUCACCUGGGGUUUACAUGAACAGGAGAAAGAGCUUGAGUUCCCCUUUUUUUGAUCGGUGCUGUAACACUUGUGCAGACGAGGGCUAUGUUCAUCUUCAGCUGAUGGAGGAUCUGCACAGACAGAGCUGUGAUUCUCUGGCUCUGGCUCUGUGUGACCCCAUGCGCAGACGCAGCUGUGAGGAGGACAGCCUGCCCGAGAGCUGCGUGGACAGCGGCAUGUCAACCCUGCGCUCAAAUAAUGGCUACGAAUAUGAGGAUGGGAGAACUUGCUGUCCAAGUCCUGUGCAAGCAUUGGACAACAGCACCACUGUGUCUGGGGACACUUCGGACACAGAGGUUGUGGAGGUACGAGAUGAGGCUGCGUUUGGAUCAGAUAGUGAAUCAGUUCUGAGUUGGACUCCAUCACAGUCUGCUCAGAAAAACGAUUCAGGGAAGAAAUGCCUCUCUGCUAUCUUCACUGAGAAAGAGAAGGAUGAGUUGGCGGUGACUAAGGCUCUGUCUGAAAAGGCUUACAGGAUUGUAUUGGCAGGAGACGCUGCGGUGGGCAAGUCUAGUUUCCUUCUUCGCCUCUGUAAAAACGAGUUCAAAGGCAACACCAGUGCCACACUGGGUGUUGAUUUUCAGAUGAAAACCUUGGUAGUAGACGGUGUUCCAACAGUGCUGCAGCUGUGGGAUACGGCUGGACAGGAAAGGUUUCGUAGCAUUGCUAAGUCUUACUUCAGGAGAGCUGAUGGAGUUCUUCUACUGUAUGACGUCACCUGUGAGAAGAGCUUCCUUAAUGUGCGCGAGUGGGUCGACAUCAUUGAGGAUGUGUCUCAGGAUGAUAUUCCAAUCAUGCUUGUGGGGAACAAGACAGACCUGAGGAACGAAGCUCUUCUAGAUGGAGUCACCUGUAUUCCAACCAGCUAUGGAGAGAAACUAGCUAUGACGUACAGUGCAUUAUUCUGUGAGACGAGUGCAAAAGAUGGUUCCAACAUCAUUGAGGCGGUUCUUCAUUUAGCACGAGAGGUGACGAAGCAUGCCGAUGAAUGCAAGGAGCCGAUAGCAGUGGCCAAAAUCUCCAGAAGUUAUAACAAAAAGAUGUCCAACCCUAACUGCUGCAUGGGCUGAUGUGUGUGUACAUCAUCCCCAGACAAAGACUUUCUGCAGCAGUCCUAUCUGACCCUAAAAAAAACUUUCACAGGCACAACGCUUCUACAGACUUCAAGCAAAAUCAUAUUUAAUUGUUAAACUAUUUAUAAACUAUAGUUAAAAUACUCACUGUUUCAAAAGUAUAGCCACGAGACAUAAACUAUAUGCAAGAUAAGAUAAUUUUACUGUGAUAUAAUAGCUCACUAAUCUUUUCUGUGUAAAGUUAUUGCCAAUUUUACAACUUUGUUGCCAUGACGAUUUAAAAAACCCUAAAACGACUGUAAAAAAUGACAAUUUAAACAACUUUCCAGCUCAAAUAACACAUGAGCUUUAACAGAAGAAUUAAUUUAAGUGCUUUUAUAAAAUUAUAAACUUCACAUUUUUGCCUUUAAACCCUCCAAAAAUUGGUCCCAUUCACUUCCAUUUUAAGUACCUCAUUGUAACUUAGAUUUUUGCUCUUUUUAAAGAAAAGGAGGAACAAGUCAAAAUUCUUUUUUGUGGUAAUCAACAUUCUUUUUAGUUUGGAGUUUAGUAUGCCGCACCUUGCCUUAAACUAUUUAUUACAUGAAAACAUUCAUUGUCAAAGUGAAAAGUAAUCCAUACCAUUAUAGUUAUGUCUAACAGGGUAAUUUAAUUUUAUUUAAUUUUUUAGUAGUGGUAUGUGAAACAGGAUACUUGAUCGGAAUAAUCUGAUAAACUCUAUUUGUAAGGAACAGUUAAAGGAAUAGUUUACUUUAACUGUUUUUGGUGAACUGUCUCUUUAAUUCACUUUUUGCGAAGUAAGGUGAUUUCUUAUGAGAUGCGUAAAGAUUUCUAUGGAUGAAACAUGUUUCAGAAUUGGUACUACUGAAAACUGGUGCUUGAUUCAAAGCAUCCAUUAUUUUUAGAUCGUAGUUAUAAAUGUCAAAGUUUUUUUUUUUUUUUUUUUACAGAUUGACAAGCUUUUAUGGGAGCCUCUAAUUGUUAUCUAUUAUUUUCUUUAUGCAUUUCAAAAUGAAUAUUGCUGUUAUUGCAUCAUAUUGUUUAUGGAAAAGCACAGUCAGUUUUUAUGAUUGGUAUCUAAUAAUGCAACACUCUAUUCCCUGUUCUACAACACAAAUGCACAACUUUAUUCUAUAAUAAACAGUGGACACUUAUUUGUGUUCUUACAGGAAAGCAUUUCUAAAUAUGCUCACUUUUAUUCUUCACAUUUUAAUUUGUAUUGCAUGUGAGUUUCUUUUAAAAUCUGAUGCACAGCUUGGCUUUAAGAUUGACUAUGUUGCAAGCAAACACUGAAUAUUGAAAUAAAGAUUGCAAUGUUUUCACUCCAAUUUUUAUUGUGGCAGUACUAACAUAUAAAACAAUUCUUUUGUUUGAACAUAUAAAUGAUCAAAAAUAACUUUACAAAUUUUAUAAGGCGAGUCCCAGUAAAUCUCAGACUGGGAACUGUUUUUUAUUUAUUUAUUUAUACUCCCAGAGUUGUAUUUUGAAAUUAAGCAACUGACUGUUUUAAACCAAAACAUUUAUAAUGCUGCUAAACAUGCAAAAAAAAAAAAACACACACAUUUCAUAUUUCAUAUACAUAUAAAUCAACAAACACUCAAAAAGAUAGUGAACUUAUAAGGAUAAAAACAAACAAACAAACAAACAAAAAAAGCCUUCUAGCAUUUUCCAGAUGUUCUAUUGCAUAUUUUCUUGUUUUACUGUAAAAUUAUAAAUAUAUUUAUUAUUAAAGGGCAAUGCUUUGUUUUCAUAUUUGGCCAGGUUUAUGUGUGAAUUAUUUGAGUAUUUUGCCAUAAAGCACUAAUCAUAAAUGAAGAUCUUAAUGUGAAUGACAAAAAUCAGUGAAUGUUGCACUUUUUUAGUUUGGAUGUAGAAUUAAUAACCAGCAAUCAAUUCAGUGUCAGUUAAGAGGUGAAUCUCAUGAAGCCUGUUAAGAACAUGUCCAAGUCUUAUCUCAAUCCAAAAUCAAAAGAAAAAAAAUCAUAAAUAAACUGUAGGCUGUUUUUAGGAUGAUUAAGCAUUUGAAUUGAAAAUAAUUUAGUGACAAUUAAGCACAUUUUUCCUAUCACAAUUCUCAUUUCUGUCAUGCAAAAAAUCCAAUUCUCAUUACAGUAAUGCACUCAGAUAUUUCACUUUUUCACUAUCAUGUUCAAUGAUAUUCUCUUUAGAUUAUCAAAACCGUAAUACAGAAUAGAAAAUCAUUGUCUUUGUAUAUUAAAAUCAGCCAAAGACAGUACAACUAAUACUUUCAUGAUGUAUAAAUACUUUACAACAUAAAUCAUAUUUUAGUAUUUUUAUUUCUGUAUUAUGGUAAUGAGAAUGCAAUUUUUUCAGCUUCAUGUCAAAUAGGCUUCAAUUUCUUCAUGCAAAAUGUAUUUUUAUUUUGAGCUGAAAUAGACCUGGAUAUGUUUUUGACAUGCUUUUUAACAUCAAAUUUAACAAAUAAAAAACAUUUGCAAUUUACCAAUGAGGAUUAAAAUCAUUCAGAACAUUUGUAUUCAUGGCCACUGUUUAGUUCAG